AUUUUGUCAGGCAUGAAUUUAAUGACAUUACGAGGAAACAAUUCGGAAGCUUUUUUGGAAACACACACAUUUAUUAAAAAUAGACUUGAAGAGCUUAAACUUGAGGGAAAAUCUGUUGAAGGAAAUGUUGAAAUAAAUGUCAAAGGAAUGCCGAAUUUUGUUAAUGCAGGGAGUAAGAAGACAAACAGAUUUACUCAAAUUUAUUGA